AACGCAAGCUUUCACUUUGAGUAGUUCUCGAGAUUCUUCGUCUUUCGGUGGAGCACUCAAUCGGAAAUUUUAACAGUAACACACCCUUAACCUUAUUUCUGAGGUGGCGUCUGACUCUCUGUAAAGGUUGAUUUAAUUCAUAUCACUGAUUCAACCUUCUUGAUACACAGAAUACAAGAAAACAGACCGUAAACAACACAGUUAGCUAACUCUGAGCAACAAUGUUCAGCUGUCCAAAGUGAGCUUUCUGGACUCUGACCUCCUGGGCAGGUCCCCUGCAAACGACCUUCAUUGCAGACCACACACUAUGGAGCGGAGUGCCCUCAAGCAGAGCCAGCUGUGCGGCUCCUGGGAGAUGAAGGAGAGACUCGGGAUGGGAGGAUUUGGACAUGUGUACCUGUACCAGCACCUUGAGUCAGGAGAGAAGAUUGCUGUGAAACUCUGCCGCCUGGAGCUGAACUCCAAGAACAAAGACCGCUGGAGCAGAGAGAUUCAGAUCAUGAAGAAGCUGAACCAUGUGAAUGUGGUUCAGGCCAGAGAAGUGCCAGAAGAGCUGAGCUCCAUUGCUUUGAAUGACUUACCUCUCUUGGCCAUGGAGUACUGCUCAAGAGGAGACCUACGCAAGGUACAAAGUGUUGAGUAAACCAGAAAACUGUUGUGGGUUGAAGGAAAGUGAAGUCCUCUCGCUGCUCAGUGACAUCGGGUGUGGUAUUCAGUAUCUCCAUGAGAAUAAGAUCAUUCACAGAGACCUAAAACCAGAGAACAUUGUUCUACAGGAAACUGGUGGGAAGCUCAUCCAUAAAAUUAUAGAUCUGGGUUAUGCAAAAGAUCUAGAUCAGGGCAGUCUUUGUACCUCCUUUGUCGGAACUCUGCAGUAUCUGGCUCCAGAGCUGUUUGAGAGUAAGCCCUACACUGUAACUGUGGACUACUGGAGCUUUGGGACAGUGAUCUUUGAAUGCACUUGUGGUUUUCGCCCUUUUUUACACCACAUGCAGCCUGUACAGUGGACAAGUAAAGUCAAGAACAAAGGUCCCAAAGACAUCAUGGCAGUUGAGGACAUGAACGGAGAAGUCAGGUUCUCCACACGUCUUCCUUAUCCCAACAAUCUCACCAGGCCAGUACUGGAUCAAGUUGAGUCACUUCUGCAGAUGCUCUUGUUGUGGGAUCCUGCAGCCCGAGGUGGAGGGCUGGAUCCUGACACAAACAAGCCGUGCUACUACACAACUUUACAGAAUAUUCUCAGCAUGAAGGUGAUCCAUGUGUUGGACAUGACGUCGGCACAGCUGCACUCAUUGGUUUUGGGUUCUGAGGAGAGCUUACACUCCCUUCAGCUCCGUCUGGAGACAAAAACUCAGACACACAUUACCCCGCUGAGUCAGGAGCUGCUGCUGGAGACGGGAAUCUCCCUCGACCCACGCUGGCCACCCUCACACUGUCUGCCAGAGGGGCUGAGAGGCUGGGACAGCUCCAUCGUCUUCUUGUUUGACAAGAGCCUGACAAAAUACUCUGGACCACUGACUGCCAGGCCCCUGCCAGACAGUGUUAACUUUAUAGUCAGGGAGACGAAGACGCAGCUCCCACUGUCUGCACUGAGGAAAGUGUGGGGGGAGGCAGUCCACUACGUCUGUGGGCUAAAAGAGGACUACAUCCGUCUGUACCAGGGACAGCGGGCUGCCAUGCUGAGUCUGCUGCGUUACAACACCAACCUGACACGGUUCAAGAACCAGCUGUUCUCCCAGUCGCAGCAGCUCCGAGCCAAACUGGCUUUUUUUAAGACCAGCAUCCAGCAUGACCUCGAGCAGUACACCAAGCAGACGCACAAUGGGAUCUCUUCAGAAAAACUCCUGAAGACCUGGCAGGAGAAUGAAGAGAAGGCAGACGAGUUCAUGAAGGUUGCAGAUGUGGGGUAUCUGGAUGAAGAGGUUGUGGCUCUGCACUCUGAGAUCGUGGAGUUGCAGAGAAGCCCGUUUGCGAGGAGACAGGGGGAUGUGAUGGAGCAGCUUGAGGGAAAAGCCAUUGAACUCUACAAGCAAUUGAAAGCUAAAUGCAAAAGUCCUGACCCUCCACAUGGCUACAGUGACAGCUCAGACAUGGUGAGGACCAUCCUCCAAACAGUUCAGAACCAAGACCGAGUGCUGAAAGACCUGUACACCCACCUCAGUACAAUUCUGGUUUGCAAGCAACGGAUCGUUGAUUUGUUGCCUAAGCUGGAGAGGGCAGUAGAAGGCAUAAAAACUGCAGAGGCAGCAGUGAUGCAGAUGCAAAUGAAAAGACAGAAGGAGUUUUGGUAUCUCCUAAAGAUUGCCUGUGCCCAGAACAAUUCUCCAUCACCAUCACUUAUGCAGCAAACCACUGACAGUGAAACCAUUCAUCAGUUACUGGAUGAGAAUCAACAUUAUCUGAGUCUGCUAACUUCUCUGCUGCGUGACGCCACCCAGGAGAUGGAGCAGAGUGCCAUGGAUCAGGACUGGAGCUGGACUCAAUCCAGAGAAGCUGAAGCUGAACCACAGAAGCUGUAGAGACCGACCAAAGACUUAGAGCGCCACCAGUCAAGGGAUUAUGUGAUAAACAAGUGCCUUAUUAUCAUAGUAACAAUGUAAAGCUUUGUGAUUCCAUACCGUCUUUAACAUAAAUGUAAAGCUGCAAGACAAUGUGUGAAGCAACAAGAUUUGGUAAGCUAUUCAUGUUUAACUUAAAUGUUUGUUAUUUAACCAUAAAAGCUAUUUCUAGCUGAAACCAAGACUUAUUUAUUUCUCUGUUAAUAUUGAUUGAAGGAAAACCCUGCUGCUGGUGAACUAUGCAAGAUGACAUGUCAAUAAAUGUUGUGAAUGUAUGUUUUA